AUGAGAGCUCGGAUACUCUUCGGCCUUACCUUAGCCUUACUUUUCAUCUAUGGUGCCCACUCUGCUACAAUAACUGUAACAAAUAAUUGUCCAUCCACUAUUUGGCUAGGAGACCUAACAUCAGCUCAGCAACCUCAAUUGUCAAACACUGGAUUUGAACUAGCAUCCACAUCAUUAAAUGUCCCAACUCCGUGGAAUGGCCGAUUUUGGGCCCGAACUAGAUGCUCCAUAGAUGGGUCGGGAAAGUUCACUUGUGCUACUACGGAUUGUGGCUCCAGUCAGGUUUCAUGCAAUGGCAACGGUGCAGCCCCACCAACGUCUUUGGUAGAAAUCACCAUAACACCAAGUGGCAGACAAGAUUUCUACGAUAUCAACCUGGUAAAUGGCUUCAACUUGCCUGUAUCAGUAGCUCCACAGGGUGGUUCUGGUUCGUGCACCGCACCUAGCUGUGCUGCCAAUGUGAACGCAGCUUGCCCGACAGAGCUACAAGUGAAAACAUCUUAUGGGAGCGUGAUUAGUUGCAAGAGUGCACGCAUAGAAUUCAAUCAGCCACAAUAUUGUUGCACUGGUGGUUAUAGUACCUCAACUACAUGCCCACCUACGAACUACUCUAUAUUCUUCAAGAACCAGUGCCCUCGUGCCUAUAGUUAUGCCUAUGAUGAUGCUAUUCGCCUCUUUUCGUGCUCCGGUGGACCUAACUAUAGUAUCACGUUCCUUUCUCUACAAUAA